GUUUUUUAGGUAGCCAAUCACAUGUGAGAAGCAAUGGUUUAUAUGUUAACAGUGACCAUUUAACUGUCCUUUGGGGCAUCUGACAUUUAACCAGUGCAAGACAAAUUGCUAUCAACGGCUGAUCUCCCAGAAAAAUGACUUCUUACACAGACAAAGGAGAAAAGCAUGAAAGAGGCCGCUUCCUAAGCUUUCAUCAUCUUACGUUUUGGGUUGGAAAUGCCAAGCAGGCUGCGAUGUUCUACUGUGACAAAUUUGGAUUUGAACCUUAUGCCUACAGAGGUCUGGAGACCGGCAGCCGGGAAGUAGUAUCACAUGCCAUUAAGCAGGACAAGAUUGUUUUUGUUUUUCAAUCCCCGCUGAACCCUGGCAAUCAAGAGAUGGGGCAGCACAUGAUCAAGCACGGAGAUGGAGUAAAGGACAUCGCUUUCCAGGUGGAAGAUUGUGAUAACUUAUUUCAGAAAGCCAAAGAACAUGGUGCUGUGAUUGUAAAAGAGCCUUGGAUUGAAGAAGAUGAAGGAGGCAGAGUAAAAUAUGCAGUUCUUCAAACUUACGGAGAUACUACACAUACUUUGGUUGAGUACCUGGGGCCAUAUCGGGGUAUCUUUCUACCUGGUUUUAAAGAGCCGCUGUUUAGAGAUCCACUGUUACCUACACUACCAUCAGGAUGUCUACGUUUCAUAGAUCACAUUGUUGGCAACCAACCAGACGAUGAGAUGGAGCCUAUAGUAGACUGGUAUCAAAAGUGUCUACUGUUCCACAGAUUCUGGUCUGUAGAUGACAAGCAGGUUCAUACAGAGUACAGUGCACUGCGCUCGAUUGUGGUGACAAACUAUGAAGAGACAAUAAAAAUGCCAAUAAACGAGCCAGCUCCAGGAAAGAAAAAGUCACAGAUACAGGAAUAUGUGGACUAUAAUGGCGGCGCUGGAGUGCAGCACAUUGCACUAAACACUUCUGAUAUCAUCAAAGCAGUGAAACAUUUAAAAGCCAGAGGGACAGAGUUUCUGAGCACACCUGACACUUAUUAUGACCAGCUGAGAAAAAAUCUUAAAACUGCCAAGAUCAAGGUGAAGGAAGAUAUUAGCAUUCUACAGGAGCUAAAAAUAUUGGUUGAUUAUGAUGAUAAAGGCUACCUUCUCCAGAUCUUCACAAAGCCGUUGCAGGACAGACCCACUCUUUUCCUGGAAGUUAUACAGAGAUACAAUCAUUAUGGAUUUGGAGCUGGAAACUUCAAGUCAUUGUUUGAAGCCAUUGAGAAAGAUCAAGAUGCCAGGGGAAAUCUAACAAUUUAUACAGAUAAUGGAGAACAACAAGUAUUUUACUGAAAAUACAGUCACCAAAAUGGAGAUGGAUGAAUAAGAUCAAAUGCCCUGGAGACGCAUAUGGCUGAAGGGGUCUCAAUCACUUAAGAGGCCUACUUGAAGUCUGUAAAUGUUCUCUUCUCCAUCAAUUGUCAAGCGGUCCAAUGAAUUAGUAAAAGUUUGAAAAAUAAAUUAUCAUAUAAAUAAAUA